AUGAGUAGCAUAGAUAGAUACGUUAGGAUGAUAAAUCAAUAUGAAGGGAGAGAUAAAUUAACAAAAGUUAUAGUAUAUGGAGGAAGAUUCUUAAAUAGCGCAGUAAUUUUGAAGAAAUAUUAGGAAAAACUAAUUAAACUUAAAGGAUUAUCAGAGGCUUGUGCUGAUACUAGACGUUUUUGUAGAUUGUUUAAGAGUUUAUCUGAAAUAAAUUACAUUGUUAAGCUGAUCAAACUAUAGUCAAACGAAUCAAACAAAAUAGAUGAAUUUAAUAGAUUAUUUUCUAUUUUAAUCCGUAGUUUUUAUGCCAUGUAUUACCUCUUUGAUAACAUUUACAUUCUCUAAAAAUGCAAAUUUAUUGGAGAUAAAGGAAACUCUAAAGAUUCUUUUUAAAAAGCAAUGAAUUUUUGGUUUAUCGGACUUGUUCUGAGAUUAGUUUUACAAUUGAGAAGCUUGUUACGUAUUCACUAUAGUGAAAUAAAAGUAAGAUAAAAACUACCUUAUUUAAAAAAUGAAUAAGAAAAUAUAGAAGCUUAAGAAGAGUUAUAAAAAAUUAAAAAGUAAAAAGUAGAAAAUUUUCUUUGGUUAUUAAGAACUUGUGGUGAUAUGUUAGUUAGUUUUAAAGGAUCCGAAUUAGCAAUCAAAUUGUUAAAAAUUUAAGUUAAUGACACCGUUACUUGGUUUGGUGGUCUAUUAUCUGCAAUUUUAGCUUGCUAUUAAUUGUAUUGA